AUGGAGACCCUCAACCCAUGGAGACCCUCAACCCAUGGAGACCCUCAACCCAUGGAGACCCUCAACCCAUGGAGACCCUCAACCCAUGGAGACCCUCAACCCAUGGAGACCCUCAACCCAUGGAGACCCUCAACCCAUGGAGACCCUCAACCCAUGGAGACCCUCAACCCAUGGAGACCCUCAACCCACGGAGACCCUCAACCCAUGGAGACCCUCAACCCAUGGAGACCCUCAACCCAUGGAGACCCUCAACCCAUGGAGACCCUCAACCCACACCCUCAGAGACCCUCAACCCAUGGAGACCCUCAACACAUGGAGACCCUCAACCCAUGGAGACUCUCAACCUAUGGAGACCCUCAACCCAUGGAGACCCUCAACCCAUGGAGACCCUCAACCCAUGGAAACCCUCAACCCAUGGAGACCCUCAACCCAUGGAGACCCUCAACCCAUGGAGACCCUCAACCCAUGGAGACCCUCAACCCACGGAGACCCUCAACCCUUGGAGACCCUCAACCCUUGGAGACCCUCAACCCAUGGAGACCCUCAACCCAUGGAGACCCUCAACCCAUGGAGACCCUCAACCCAUGGAGACCCUCAACCCAUGGAGACUCUCAACCCAUGGAGACCCUCAACCCAUGGAGACCCUCAACCCAUGGAGACCCUCAACCCAUGGAGACCCUCAACCCAUGGAGACCCUCAACCCAUGGAGACUCUCAACCCAUGGAGACCCUCAACCCAUGGAGACCCUCAACCCAUGGAGACCCUCAACCCAUGGAGACUCUCAACCCAUGGAGACCCUCAACCCAUGGAGACCCUCAACCUAUGGAGACCCUCAACCCAUGGAGACCCUCAACCCCUGGACACCCUCAACCCAUGGAGACCCUCAACCCAUGGAGACCCUCAACCCAUGGAGACCCUCAACCCAUGGAGACCCUCAACCCAUGGAAACCCUCAACCCAUGGAGACCCUCAACCCAUGGAGACCCUCAACCCAUGGGGACCCUCAACCCAUGGAGACCCUCAACCCAUGGAGACCCUCAACCCAUGGAAACCCUCAACCCAUGGAGACCCUCAACCCAUGGAGACCCUCAACCCAUGGAGACCCUCAACCCAUGGAGACCCUCAACCCAUGGAGACCCUCAACCCAUGGAGACCCUCAACCCAUGGAGACCCUCAACCUAUGGAGACCCUCAACCCAUGGAGACCCUCAACCCAUGGAGACCCUCAACCCAUGGAGACCCUCAACCCAUGGAAACCCUCAACCCAUGGAGACCCUCAACCCAUGGAGACCCUCAACCCAUGGAAACCCUCAACCCAUGGAAACCCUCAACCCAUGGAGACCCUCAACCCAUGGAAACCCUCAACCCAUGGAGACCCUCAACCCAUGGAGACCCUCAACCCAUGGAGACCCUCAACCCAUGGAAACCCUCAACCUAUGGAGACCCUCAACCCAUGGAGACCCUCAACCCAUGGAGACCCUCAACCCAUGGAGACCCUCAACCCAUUAAGACCCUCAACCCAUGGAGACCCUCAAGCUCUAUCACACGCCAACUUUUGGUAG